AUGGACCCGCUGGAUCCGCGAGAGUGUUCUGGUGGCCACACCGAAGACAGGCUGUCCAGGUGCCUGAGCAACUUCGUCAUUUUGGCAAGCAAUGACACCAGCGACUUUGCAGAUGUAGAGGCAGUUAAAGCUGCAAGCAGACUGGAGGAUCAAUUGAUGGGAGCGGCAAGCGUGGAGAGCUGGUGGGCAGGUUCCAUGACGUAUAUGCUCUUGGCGUUGAAUUUUUUCUCUUUGCUCCUGGCCCUCGCCCGAAACAGCGCUGGCCCUCAAUUUCUGACAGGGAUGCCGGCGCCGCUCUUACGUUGGGGCUUGCCCGGCGUGUCCGCAGCAAGCACAUUUAUUUCUGGACUCGUUGGACGCUUUCGAUUCAUGCUGCGCUGGAGCAAAGCCCGCAGCGCUGCAGCUCAGUUGGAAGCAGAGAUUUGGAAGUUCCGCACGCGUGUCUGCGAAUAUGCAGUGGUUGGAACGAGAGAUGAGGAGGAUGGCAGCAUUCCAGCCGGCGAACUUGGUCAAGCCAUUACGCGGGAACGAAAGCAGGAUGUUACGCGAAGCUGGUUUCGUGCAAAUGUCAACAGCAUCUUCAAUACUGCGAUGGAAGAAAUGGGCACCAGCUCAUUGCAUGGCCAUGGCUUCGACAAACUUCCGAGCAACGUGAGAAGUACAAAGUACCCGUUCUUGUGCUGGUGCUGCAGGAGACAAAAGAAACCCAGACAAGACGAGCGUGGUCAAAUCGUGGCAAGUGGCCAUGACGGUGCCCUGAGCCAAAACGACCUGUCUAGAUACGGCCACAUAGGCGUCGACGAAUACUAUCACCAGCGAACUUUGUCGGUGUUCGAGCGCAUGAAGAACCAAGCCUUUUGGCUGACAUUCCUGCAAGGUGCCCUUGAGAGUUUGGUGCUCCUCCUUGGUACCUUCGGCGUUUUGCUGUCCACCUUUGAUCAGACCGAGAUUGCGAUGAUUUGCUUGUCCUUGGUGCAGAGCUUAGCUGUGAAGUUCUGGCUGGCUUAA